AUGUACAACAAAAUGUCUAGUUACGAGUCUGCCUCGUCCGAAGGCGAUCUGUGUCAGCCCGUCUGCGAACCCGAUCCGUACUACGAAAAUGGGGGCAGCUACUACACGCAACUGUAUCCCGCUGACUCUCAAAACCCAGGAACGCAGGUGAUCACGAUGGACGAGGAGGGCUACUGGGGAUCGCCGUGUAGCUCGACGAAUGAAUCACAACAACCGGAAGGUGUCGGAACGGGCCAUCCGCCACACCACCGAGAGCACUCGGCCGUGAGCACUAUCCGGUUGACCUCCCAUUUGCCCCAAUCCUGUGAUCCGUCGUCCUCGACGUCGUCCUCAUCUUCUUCGUCGUCCCCGUCGUCCUGUUCCGUGGCACCGUACAGAGGUGGCCCUCAACAGCAUCCGAUCGGAGGUUUCGAGAGUCUCCGGUCUCCGCAUGAUGCAGACGGUCAUCACCACAAUCAUCACCACCAUAAUCAUCAUCACCAGCAUCAUCAUCAGCAGCAUCAGCAGCAGCAACAGUCUCCGGUCUACGAUUGUGCCAUGGUUUACGAGAAAAGCGCCAACGUAUACGUUCCGGAUGAAGGAUACUACGGUGGAAACGGAACACAUCCGGUGGAUGUGACAUCUGGAGGCGGGGGCCAGAUGGCAGGCACCAGCGCCGCUGCCGGUGACCACACGGCAGCCGGGCUCCUGCACGCCGUACCAUCGUCCUCUUCGUCCUCGCUGCUCUCGUCGUCCGUUGACGUCGUCCCGGGAAUCGGACCUCCGGUGGUGCGUGUGGUCAAACGGCGCAACACGGCCAACAAGAAGGAACGCCGCCGGACGCAGAGCAUCAAUUCGGCGUACACUUCGCUCCGGGAUCGCAUUCCGAACGUUCCAAACGACACGAAACUGUCCAAGAUCAAGACGCUACGACUGGCAAUCUCGUACAUCGCCCAUCUGCUGGCGGUCGUAAACGGCAACCAAGAUCCGUCGUGUGACUUCCGAGCGGAGCUGGUGCCUUCGUCGCGCAAGAUCAACGCGGAACGGCGGGCCCAGAAGUCGUUGUUGCAAAACUUUUCCUACAGCGCUGCUAACAGCACCGAGGGUCGCAAAAUCAAGGGACGCACCGGCUGGCCACAGCACGUCUGGGCACUGGAAACGAAGACGUCCAUCAAGUAA